GCAGUGUUCGCUCGUUUGCUCGACCUCCACCCCAUCCACCGUUUUCGUACCCAAGGCAAGCUUCUCUUCCGACAAGCUCGUCCCUCUCUGUACUUUUCUCCCUACUCGAAGACCCGACAGAACUACGCAAUACCAUCAUGUCUGACCUUUGCCCCGUCUACGCGCCCUUCUUUGGUGCUAUGGGCUGCACUGCUGCCAUCGUCUUCACCAGCAUUGGAGCCAGUUAUGGUACCGCCAAGUCCGGCGUCGGCAUCUCCGCCAUGUCCGUCCUCCGCCCCGACCUGAUGAUGAAGUGUGUCGUCCCCGUUAUCAUGGCUGGUAUCAUUGCCAUCUACGGUCUCGUCGUCUCUGUCCUCAUUUCGAGCAACCUCGGUGGCCAAGUGUCGCUUGCGGCCAGCUUCAUUGAUCUCGGCGCUGGUCUUUCGGUCGGUCUCGCUGGUCUCGCUGCUGGUUUCGCCAUUGGUAUCGUCGGUGAUGCUGGUGUCCGUGGUACCGCUCAGCAGCCCAGGUUGUACGUCGGCAUGAUUCUUAUCCUUAUUUUCGCGGAAGUGCUGGGUCUGUACGGUCUCAUCGUUGCUCUGAUUAUGCACACCCGCGCUGGUGACAUCGCUCCAUGCGUAUAAGCGGAGCCCAUGGUCGUAGGUACGAGACCUUCGCAACACGAUCGACUACCUUGGAGGAGCAGUUGGCACGCUUUGCCAGGGUUGGCGCGGAGCGAACGUGGCUGGGUACAAUAUGCUGUUCGGCUCUGCGCGGGCGUCUAUUCCGUAAAGUGCCAUAUCGCGAGUCAUUAAUGAUACGACGUUUUCCUGUUUACCAUCUUUUAUCUGCUUCGUUUGAG